UAUGCUUAAUAGCAUUUUUGAUGUAUUAAUUUCAAAUAAUUUCAAUAAUUGCCAAUUAACGAAACAAAGCGAAGUUCAGAUAAAGUUGAAAAUGUCUGCAAAGAAAAUCAAAAAUAAUUACCAAAAAUUUGGCGUCCUCUGGAGUAGAAAUUUUAUAAUUGCCGGAUUAAUGCUAUUUAUGCUGCUAGGCAAUGAUAUCGUCGAGGGUGCACUGCGCAAUGUCAAUUUAAUCAUUGAACCACCUGCUGUGCGACGUGGGCAACAUGCCAUAUUGCGGUGUCUCUACAAUUUGGAAGGUGCGCCACUUUACUCUGCUAAAUUCUAUCGUGGUCAAUUGGAGUUUUAUCGUUACACACCUGGCGAGUUUCCGAAUACAAAAGUUUUUCCAUUUCCCGGCAUACACGUUGAUGUGACCAGUUCGAAUGCGACACAAGUGCUAAUUCGAAAUGUGGGUUUCGGUUUGUCCGGAAACUUCUCUUGCGAAGUAACUGCAGAUGCGCCCCUGUUUUCGACCGCAUAUGCAGCUGCCAUGAUGCAGGUUGUGGAGCUUCCUGAUAAACGCCCCCAACUUUUUACGGAACACACGCGCUAUGAGCCUGGAGAUAUUUUACGUGCCAACUGCAGCACUCUACCGUCACGGCCACGUGCAGAGCUUAAGUUUACAAUUAACAAUAUGAUGUUAGAAAUUAGCAAGCAAGAAAAACGAUUUAAAGAAUAUAAUUCUGUUCUAUUCUGA